AUGGCGCAAGAAGGCGAAGUGGGGCAGCUGGGCGCUGCUGCUGCUGCUGUUGCUGCUGCUGCUGCUGAGCCGCAGCAGCCCGCGUCGCAAGCGCCGCUGCUCGCGGAAAAAGCAGCACCGCCGCAGCAGCAGCAGCAGCAGCAGCAGCAGCAGCAGCAGCAGCAGUUUGGGGGGGCCGAGCUGGAAGUGCCCCGCGGGGACUUCAAGCGGGAGGGCCUGGGGGGCGGGUUCAGCGUGGGAUCGGCGCUGCUGGGGAGUCUGGGGCUGCUGCUGCUGCUGCUGCUGCUGGACGCGUUUGUGCUGCCGCUGCAGCGGCCGCUGGCCGUGGCCAAGAAGCCCUCGCUGGGCAUUUUGCUGCCGCUGCCGCCGCCCACGGGGCCCCCCAGCGCCUUCGAGGGGGCCCUUGCUGCUGCAGCGCAGCAGCUGGAGGAGGCCUGGGGGGGGGCCUCUGCUGCAGUGCGGGAGGCCUUCCAGCAGCACUUCAUGCCGCCGGGGGGGCCCCCCGAGGGCAUAGAGGUCUACAGGAAGCUGGUGCGGGCCAUGCAGCAGGUGGGGGCCCCCGGGGGGCCCCCCGCGCAGCAGCGGACUUACAAGUUGAACUUGCUGCUGCUGCAGGGGGUCUGCGGCGCUGCAGCACAGCUGCUGCAGGGGCUGCGGCGGAUGGAGCUGCUGCACGAGGAGACUGGGGUGCCUGUGCUGCUGCUGGGGAAGGCGGCGAGCCCGGAGUUUAGCCGGCGCGAAGAAGCAGCAGCAGCAGCAGCAGCAGCAGCAGCAGCAGCAGCAGCAGCAGGGGAGGGGGGGCCCCCGGGAGUGACCCUGCGGGAGUUUCUCGCGGGCUUCGGACUCGAGGAAGAACUGCCCUCCAGGGCCCGAGUUCCUGCUGCUGCUGCUGCUGUGCUGCAGGACCUGCUGAAGCUGCGGCUGCUGCAGGAGAGCAGCAGCAGCAAAGCCUUCCAGAGCUUCCGGCCGCUGCUGGCUGCGCUGGGGCUGGACUCCCCGCUGCUGUUCCCCGAGCCGCAGCAGCAGCAGCAGCAGCAGCUGCUGCUGCUCUUCGCCCAGGGCUGCUUCGACCUCGAGGCCUUCGUGCUGCACUGCCGCAAAGAGAACUUCUACAAAAGACCUUCCGAUCUUUUCUUCCAAGACCUUCUUUGGCGCCUCGCGGCCAAUUGGACUUCGCCAAAAAUCGCAGAAUUCACUGAAGAACAAAUCCCGGACUUGGAGUAUUUAAUUGAAAAAGAAAAAACUCAAAAACGCAUUUUUCUAGAAAUGGACAACCAGCAGCAGCAGCAGCAGCAGCAGCAGCAGCAGCAGCUGCAGCAGCAGCAGCAGCUGCAGCAGCAGCAGCAGCUGCUGCUGCUGCUGAAGUCUCUACAGCUGCAGCAGCAGCAGCAGCAGCAGCUGCUGCUGAAGUCUCUAAACUUCACUUUUCCUUCUCAGCCUUUUCGGCUGUGCCCUGCUGCUGCUGCUGCUGCUGCUGCUGCUGCUGCUGCCUCGCCUACAGCUUCCUGCAGCGCCUGA